AUGUCCCGCUAUUCUUGGUUCUGGGGCCACAGUGAGGCUGACUCUACACAAAAUACAACAGACAAUAGUACUAGUAGCAGCAAUCACAACACCGAGACAAACGACUCUAUCCCCACUAUGAGUACUGCUACAAACAAUAUCAACAACACUCAGAAUUCAAGCAGUGCUAUUGAUACUAUUUCUAACAGUAUCGUGUCAAAUUCGCCUACCGAUAAAACAAAUGCUUUAACCAACGCAUCUCCUACCAAUAUAGAGACAUCUUCAGUAACCUCAGAGACAUUGUCAACCACAUCAACAUUAUUAGAGGACGACUCUCUUACCUCCAGUGCUAUUCCCAUACCGAAACGCUCAAGUAAUAGCAGGCGUACAUACGACGAUCAAAAAUCGAAAUCCUCGUCAUCGUUCAGAAGUUGGUGGUCUUCGUCAGCAAGCCGCUCUUCUCCGAUACCAUCGAACCUUCCAGAAAAAAGAGGUCUUCAAGAAAUAAAAGAAGGCGUAAAGCACAUAACCACCAACCCGAGUGAUCGACUAUUAAAUAUGUCUUCACACAGUUCUUCCACAAAUCCAACAACGGCUGUUGACAUGACAACAGUAAAAGCAGAGAUGAUAGAAAGGCGAGUACGGAAAUCAGGUAGCUCUUCGUCGUUAAGCAAUUUACUAGAACCAAGUCGUGGGAAACGAAAACGACGCACAGAGUCACAUCCCACAAUACCCGUUGAAUUCACCGGUGAAGAUAUGGUACGACAGACAUCAACCCAGAGUGCCCCCGAUAUUUCCAGCGAUUCGAAACGGGAUCAUGCACUAAUAAUAAAAGAAGAGACUAAGUUAUCGACUUCUAAUGCUUCCACUUCAUCUAGGUCUUCCUGGUGGAGGUUUGUAGGCGUUACAACAAAGGACGAUUCUAGCAAAGAACAAAGCGAUAAUAGCAAUAGUAUUACUGAGAAACCAGAAAAGGCAUUGCCGGCUACCAUAAAUAGUAACGAGUCAACAAAUACUCAGCCCGCCGUAUCUGAAGAGAAUGCAGUAAAGACUGAAUCUACCAAUGGACAUUCGGUUGCAAAAAAGAGAUCAGGUGAAAUAAAGCGUUGGUCUCUAUUUGGAACAUGGUCUGCCUCGACACCAGAUUUAACAGAACAAACUACAAACGAACAUUAUUCAAAAAGCUUUACUGAACCAACUUUUGCAGAAAGUUUAUCUUCGUCAUCACCAACUUCUUCGUCCUCCAAGCAAAAAGACCCAGCACAAUCGUCGUCAUCAACCACAAAUUCCAAUAGUACAGCACAACCUCAAAUGACAGAGAUAAGCCGUAAACAGAAAUCCCCACAACGCUCGACAUCAUACCCAAGGCAUGCAAUAAACCCAGUUGUACAAACCCUCCCCCAGACGCGUUCUUCAUGGCUACAUUUCUUUUCGUCAGACGCUGCAAAGUCGGCGGUCAAGAUAGAUAAUGGACCCGAUAGAAAGUUAAUAGAGUCAUCAGAGAUGAUAGAGAAAAAAGAACAAUCAAUAGCCUCGCCAACAAGAAUAGAUCAACAAGGUAAUAGACAAAAAACUAUCACAAAAGAAACAGAGGAACGCAAAUCACUAGAUCCCGUCCGACCACCGUCUCCAAAAGCAAAACCACCCAACAAAGUUCUACCGUCAUUCGAUGAAUUGCCUCAGUUCAAUUCACAUAGGCGCCCUGAUUCAUUCAUACAACAAACACUACACGCAAUAAACUCUUACUUAUUCCCACCUGACAGACAACCCAGCGGAAAGUUCCCGAGGUGGCUGGACGAAAUAACACGCUCGUCGGUGGAUGUCAAAAAGAUAGCAAUUAUCGGUGUGCACGGGUGGUUUCCAGAAACAAGGUUUGUGAGGACGGUAAUCGGCGAACCGACCGGUACCUCACCCAAGUUUUGCGAUUUGAUGCAAACGGCAGUAGUCAAUUACCUAGCACAGCACAAUACGUAUCUUCCCGAGGAUGCAAUAACAUUGAUCCCACUCGAAGGCGAAGGAAAGAUCGAUGCCCGAGUCGACAUUCUUUAUACAAACUUUCUACGCAACAAAGUGUGGCGGGAAGCUCUUCGUGCAGCUGACGUUGUGUUUGUGACCACGCAUUCUCAAGGUACGCCGGUAAGCACAAUGCUAUUGGCCAGGUUGAUAAGUACGAAAUACAUUCAACCAAAGAGACAGCGUAUCGGCAUGCUUGCGAUGGCGGGAGUAAGCCACGGACCAUUUUCCUUUUUGAAAAGCAAUUUGCUCGUAAAGUAUGUCGAAGCUGAUGCGGCGAGGGAAUUGUUCGAGUUUAUGGAGUCGGAUAGUACCGUUGUGAAAAAGUAUCGAGCAGCAUUGAAAAUUGUGGUUAACGCGGGUGUCAAGAUGGUGUAUGUUGCGUCGAUGGACGAUCAAGUUGUGCCGUUGUAUUCUGCCGUGUUUACGGGAAUUAAUCAUCCGUCGAUUCUGCGUGCAAUAUAUAUCGAUGGGCCGAUAUAUCAGGCUGAUGACUUUCUCAUGAAUUUAAUUGUCUUUGCCAUUCGUCUUCGAAAUCAUGGCAUUUCCGAUCAUGGUCUAUUGGUUCCAUUAAGUGAAGUCGUAGCUGGGUCUUUGUAUUGUGAAGGUCAUUCGACGUUAUACGAAGAUUUAAACGUCUAUAAUUUAUGCGUCCGCUAUCUCUUUGAAACCCCCCCUACUACGGCAAGUUCAAGUAAAUUGAAAUUACAACAGUUUCACGCACAGCACCGCAUCAAUCCUCAUUCUCUUCCAUGGGCUAUGCGCGGAAUAUUGGAAGAUAAGAGCAUACUUUCCUCGGAAACACUGUCGAGAGAGGUUGAGAAACUGAGAAAGCAAUAUGAAGAGUGGGACCCGACAAGUAAAUUAAUGAAGGACGUGAAAUUUAGAUUAGAGCCUUUUACGGAUACUUUUUUUAGCAAAAGCAAAUUAUGA